AUGCACUACAAGAAAUUUUAUUUUUCCUUUCGCUGUUUCAUCGUUUUUCUUUCAUAUUUCGUUAUUCGUUCUUUCUCCGGAUUUUUCUUUCUUUUGGUGAUUUUCAUUCUUUCUUAUUUACUUGUUUCUCUUCCUCGUUUAUUAUAUUCUUCAGGAACUUUUCUUUCUUUGAAGAUUUUCAUACUUUUUCUCUGUCUUUUUUUCUCUUGCUUUUGUAAUUUCCGUCAAGAUUUUUUUUUCUUCAUUUCUUUGAUGAUUUUCAUUCUUUUUCUCUCUCUGCUUUGGUCUUUCUUUUGCCAUUUCCGUCAAAAUUUUUCUUUUUUUGAUGAUUUUCAUAGUUUCUUAAUCUAUUUUUGUCUUUCUUUUGUAAUUUCUUCAAAAUGUUUCUUUUAUUCUUUGAUAAUGUUCAUAAUUACUUCUCUAUCUAUUUUUUGUCUUUCUUUUUUUUAUUUCCGUUGGUUUCGAUCCACGUUGAAAAUCAGCUUACGUCGCGCUGUAGGAACGGAGCUCCGACGUAACUCGAGGACCCCCGUAUUUUUGUUCUCUUUUUCAUCUUAUAACCUUCUUUCUUUCUUUCUUUCUUUCUUUCUUUCUUUCUUUCUCUUAUACCCUGUCUUUCUUCAUUUUAUACGUUUCUUUCUUUCUUUCUUUUAUACACUUUCUUUCUUUUUUCUUUCUUUUUUCUUUCUUUCUUUCUUUCUUUCUUUCUUUCUUUCUUUCUUUCUUUCUUUCUUUAUCUUAUACCCUGUCUUUCUUCAUUUUAUACGUUUCUUUCUUUCUUUUAUACACUUUCUUUCUUUUUUCUUUCUUUUUUCUUUCUUUCUUUCUUUCUUUCUUUCUUCAUUUUAUGCCGUUUCUUUCUUUCUCCCUUUGACUCAUUUUAAUAUCUCCUUCUUUUCUUAUUUUCCUCCUCCUUUUCUAUCGCCCUAUUCAUUACUCAACGUAGACCUCUCUCAGUUUAUAUUAAAAAUCACUCUCUUUCUCUUUCAUCUAUUAUUUAAUUGUUCUUCUUACUCACUCACUCACUCACCCACCCACUCACUCACUCAUUUACUACCCCCCCCCUCUCUCUCUCUCUCUCUCUUCAUCACUGUAUAUUUUGUAUUCGACAUCUAUCAAUCCUCCUCCUACCUGUCUUCUAUCAGUAAGUAUCACAUUUCAGUAUCGUCCUCACCACUCCGACACCCUUAG